CCGCGCCUGGCCCGGCCCCGCUGUUUGCUCCGGCAGGAGGGGUUUGGGAGCGGGUUCACCUUGACGGGAACACCGGGACAGCGGCAGGUGAGCGGCACCUGCCCGCGCUGCCCCCCCGGGACACCCCCGGGACACCCCGGGACCCCCGGGACACCCCCGGGACACCCCGGGACACCCCGGGCGCGGCAGGAGCAGGAUGGCCGACGGGCACGGCUGGUGGAAGCUGACGUUCCUGCGGAAGCGCCAGGCAGCGCCCACGGUGCUGUACGAGAGCCCCGAGGGGCCCGCGGCGCCGGGCGGGGACAGCGCGGAGGGGACCGGCCCCGAGGGGACGCCCGGCUUCGCCGCCCGCCUGGAGAAGAUCGUGGACAAGAGCACCAAGGGCAAACACGUCAAGGUCUCGCACUCCGGGCGCUUCAAGGAGAAGAAGAAAGUGAGGGCGACGCUGGCCGAGCAUCCCAACCUGUGCGGGGCCGGCGAGCGCGAGGAGAAGUGACCCGGGCGCGUUGUCGCCCGCCGGGGACCGGAGCGGACUCAGGAUGGAAUUUACCUGUGGGAUGAUCCGCGAGCUGCGGGACUGAGCCCGCGGCAGAGCGGGGCGCGGGGCCGGCGCGCCCCGUCCCUCCCGCUGCCCAGCGCGGACUGGUUCCUGCUGGGAUGAGGAACGGCUCUGCCCCGAUCCCAUUCCCAGUCCCCUCCUCCCGUCACUUUUUGGGGCCGAGCCCCGCUCGUGUCCCAGUCCCGAGGGGCUGCAGAGCCGCCGAUGGCGCGUCCUUGCCGAAUCGCCCCCGAGAGGGGAUGCGACACUUCCCUGUCCCGAGGGAGCGACCCUGCGGGACCGAUCCCCCCGCGGGGACCGCGGAGCGCCGCCCGGAGGAGCCGCAUUUCCCCGGGGAUCGCCGCCCGGAGGAGCCGCAUUUCCCCGGGGAUCGCCGCCCGGAGGAGCCGCAUUCCCCCGGGGAUCGCCGCCCGGAGGAGCCGCGUUCUCCCGGGGAUCGCCGCCCGGAGGAGCCGCCUUCCCCCGGGGAUCGCCGCCCGGAGGAGCCGCGUUCUCCCGGGAUCGCCGCCCGGAGGAGCCGCGUUGCCCCGGGGAUCGCCCCCGCUGCUGGAAGCGGGGAUCCCACCCCGCGGCCCGGGAUGCUGGAAGCGCUCGCGCCUGCUGCUAAUUAACUGUGGUUAAUAAACCGAGCCUGGGAGCGGA